AUGAGCUGUAUUUUCUGCAGGGUUAUUCGGGGAGAGCUCGGACCUGUUUUAAGCGAGACAAGCCUGCACGUUGUAAUUGCAGAUAUAAGCCCAGCAAGCAGGGGCCAUCUUCUAUUUAUACCGAAAUAUCACUCAGAAAAAAUAGAAAGUCUACCAGACGAGUAUUUAUUGGAGACUUUGCUUCUUAUGAAGAGAGCCGUGAAAAUUUUAAACUUUAAAGCGUACAAUAUCCUGCAGAACAACGGGCACGGCCAAACAGUUCCCCACGUGCACUUUCACCUGAUACCCUACGACGAAGAGAGAAACGAGGGCCUAGAAGCCUCUUUUAGCGCAUCAGAAAAGGCUCGGGAAACCUUCUCUGAGGAUGUGAAAAUGUACCGGGAGAAACUGCUAAAUUUAGGGGAAAAAUAA